UCAGGCGUUUACCUGGACUGAAACAAAAGUUGAAAUAAAACUGCUGUCGAAAGGUAAUUACAAGCAGUGCAGUGUGAAAUCUGUAGUAUGAAGAAAGCUGUAUGACCGCGCGAUGCGGUUCCAGCCAAAGAGGCCCACAUUCCACGCUUGCUCAUCGAUGUUUAGAGCAUCGGGCUAGAUCACGGAGGGUCGUGAGUUUAAAUCCUAUCUGGAACUCGGAUUUUUUUCCGAGUUUUUAUUUCAUGCUAUCACUAUCAUUUAAUACAACCGUUUGUUAAGUUUAACGUAAUACAGGGGCUGUUCCUAGGGCGAACGUCUUAAUUACGACUCGAGCUAGUAACGGCGAAACUCAAACUGAACCAAGUCCAUUAUCAAGUCAAACGCCAUACCACUUGGCCAAAUCUCACCAUCUUGACAGCGGUCUUUAAAGUUCUUUCUUUGUUCAUAUUUAUUUCCUAGGAUCCGUGGCGGAAGAGUGUCAAUACGCUACGGUAUGAGGCCUUGGCGGUCAGUAAGACGUGUCACUCGGCGCUUGAAGCUGAUCAUUCGCGGCAAGCCGCAUUGGAUUUACCCUCGGCAUGGACGCUUGAUGGUGCACUACAAACGAAAAGGACGAAGAAUUCACAUUCGACGGGGACGGGCGAGGGUCUGGUACAGAAGAAAGUGGACAGGUUUCAGACGAGGCCGAGCGACACACGUGAAGAUGCGACUCAGGUAUAGAGGCAGGUGGAGGUACGUCAAGAGUUGGCGCGGUAGAUGGACUAUACGCUAUAGGGGCAAGAGAAGAAGGCUCACACUUCGAGGUCGUGGAUUUGGAAUCCGCAUCAGAGGACGCUUGAAGUACGUGCCCGCUGGAGGAGGAACAUUGCAGAUACGUUACGGGAAAAUGUGGAGACGGGUGAGGAAAUGCUGUAACAAGCUGCGUGCUGUGUUACGCGGACGUCUUCGACGAAUCCGGCUUCGGUACGGGAAAGCGAAGAUGCAGGGAAGAAAGGGUUGGACAAUGAUACGAAGAAAAUGGAGCGGCCCAUUUGGUUUCCGAAUACGAGACUCUCCUGCUGCACAGUCUUCUAAACAACACGCAAAUGAAUCGCGCGUCUCCAACUUAGCUGACUCGAGUCCUCUGAACGAGACGUCGGCUAUGUCAGACUCAGUUGCCUCCAGUCCACUGUCCAAGUCAAUUGAUCCCAGCUCAUUCACCGAUAUAGCUUUAGUGAACGCGUCUAAAUCCAUCGACCCCAGUUCAUUCACCAGCACAUCAGCAGAGCGAUACGUAUAUGACUCCCCUCCCACAGCCGCUGAUCAGGAAACACGGGCGCUGUCAAAAGCCAGUGAUCGCCAUCGGAAGACUGGUGAUAAGAUGAACAUGACUGACGAUUUGUUCGACAAUUGAAAGCGGAGUAAUAUUCUCAAGGAGGAUAUAAUAUUCAUAGCUCUGUUUUGUUUUCGGGUCAACAUUAACCAGUUUUGUUAGCAAUUUUAAACUUGAAAAGCCAAUAAGGAAAAUUGUAACUUAUUUCAGUUACACCUGACCUAAAAUGGUGCGCACCCAAAAUUUAAAGGGACAGUUUCCUGGUUGAUAUAUUAUUUUUAACAAAUAUGGCAGGGAGCUUUCCAUAAACUUGCUUUAUUAUACUGCAAAGUAAGAACGAUUAAAAAAGAAGUGUCACGUGAAAAAAAGAUGAAAUUACCAUUAAAAAGAUUCAAUUUUUCACGAGUACUUGCCUCUGUUCAUGUGUCUCCAGUAGUCCAGAGAGAGCCACCUUUUAUCUCUUGCAAGGGCCUCGCCUUUAAGAGGGACAGGGGACUCUGGGGAGGAAAAUGUUUCAACAAAUUACCGCGGCAUGCAUCAAUACAUACUCGUAAAGCGUAGAUGUCGUCUCCUUAAAUAAGGCUAUGGCAGUCUGAUGUAAGGUCUGGAAGAUUGGAACCAAGAAUUCGUCAGAAACUUUUCUUUAUUUAUAUCGUUGAUUUUCACUGUCAUGCCAUCAAAAUAAAUAUC